AUGGCGACCAGGCUUCAAUUCGAGAACAAUUGUGAAGUUGGUGUUUUCUCCAAGCUCACAAAUGCAUAUUGCUUGGUCGCGAUUGGAGGGUCUGAAAGCUUCUACAGUAUCUAUGAGUACGAGUUGGCAGAUGUCAUUCCCGUGGUUAAGACCUCAAUUGCGGGCACUAGAAUAAUCGGCAGGGCAUGUGCUGGAAACAAAAAUGGACUUCUUGUGCCACACACCACCACUGAUCAGGAACUUCAGCACUUGAGGAACAGUCUACCUGAUUCAGUUGUUGUCCAGAGGAUAGACGAGAGAUUGAAUGCUCUUGGAAAUCACAUUGCUUGUAAUGAUCAUGUUGCUCUUGCACAUACUGAUCUUGACAGGAAAACUGAAGAACUGAUAGCUGAUGUUCUUGGGGUUGAAGUAUUCAGGACGACGAUCGCUGGUAAUAUUCUUGUAGGAACCUACUGUGCUCUUUCAAACAGAGGCGGCAUGGUGCACCCCCACACUUCUAUUGAAGAGCUGGAUGAGCUUUCCACCCUUCUUCAGGUUCCCUUGGUUGCCGGAACAGUUAACCGUGGCAGUGAUCUCAUAGCCGCAGGAAUGACAGUUAAUGACUGGACUGCAUUCUGUGGCUCAGACACUACAGCAACAGAAUUGUCUGUCAUCGAGAACGUUUUCAAGUUGAGGAAAGCUCAACCCAGCGCCAUCGUGGAUGAGAUGAGGAAGUCUUUAAUUGACAGUUACGUUUGA